UGUUGCCGCCGCGUGGACGCAGGCAGAAGAACUCGGCGAAGGGGAAUGUGCGGGCUAAGUAAAGAGCUGCCGCCGCAAGGGCUGCCGGUCUAUAGGCGGGCGGGCGGCCCGGGAGCGCGGACGUAAGAUGGCGACGGCGUUGGCGGAGGGGAGGAGGAGAAGGCGGAGGAGGGGGUGGCGGCUCCCGUGGCUGUCGCGAGGCUCGGGCUGUGGAGGAGUCGGCGGCGGGCGGCUGCGCCAGGGCUCGCAGGGCGGCUAGAGUCAGCGAGCGAGCGCGCUCGGGCCGAGGAGGUGGCAGAGGACCUGGGCUCGGGCCAGGCCGCCAUGGGCUCCCAGGUGCUGCAGAUCCUGCGCCAGGGCGUGUGGGCGGCUCUGAGCGGCGGCUGGUACCAGGACCCGCACCAGGGCGCCGGGGUCAACGCGCUGCACCUCUACCUGUGGCUCUUCCUGCUCGGCUUCCCUUUCACGCUCUACAUGGCCCUUCCUUCUUCCAUGGUGAUAGUUGCAAUCUACUGUCCAGUGAUAGCAGCUCUCUUCAUUGUUCUGAAGAUGGUAAACUACCGUCUGCACAGAGCGCUUGAUGAAGGUGAGAUUGUGGAGAGGAAUGCAAGUGAGCGAAUGGGCAGGGAUGCAGAAACUGAACAGGAUGACUCUUGUGCCAGGAGGAAGGACAGUAAUGGGCCGAGUGAUCCUGGUGGAGGGAUUGAGAUGUCACAGUUUGUUCGAGAAGCCACUCCUCCAGUAGGCUGUAGUUCCCGAAAUUCCUUUGCUGGCCUAGACCUAAAUAAUCACAUUGGAUCUGGUUUAUCUCGUCGUGGAACUGCCGCUACCAUUAAAGGUGAUACAGACACUGCUAAGACUUCUGAUGACAUCAGUCUAAGUCUUGGCCAGAGUUCUAGUCUCUGUAAAGAAGGUAGUGAAGAACAAGAUUUGGCAGCUGAUCGGAAGACUUUCCAUCUGGUCUCCAUUGAUUCCUUUGUGUCCAUCCAACCAUCAUUAUCAUCGGGACAGGAGUUGCCAAGAGACAGCAGUGACAAAGUGUGCCUUCCUAAUAACCAUCAUGUAGAUCAAUCUAUGUCAAAUGCAUGUGACACUGAAAUGGCUUCUCUUGUGCCUCUGCAUUCACACUCGUAUAGGAAAGACCAUAGGCCACGAGGGGUGCCAAGGACUUCUAGUUCAGCUGUUGCUUUUCCAGAUGUGUCACUAAAUGACUUUCCCCUUUAUCAGCAAAGGCGGGGGCUAGAUCCUGUCAAUGAACUAGAAGCUUCCAAACCCCAAUCUGGAUCCAAAGAAUCCUUAGCUGAGAACUCCUGUAUUUCUGGAGUCUUUCAACUGGAUGAUAUUCUGAAGUGUAGCAGCCCACAACUGCUGGCCAAAAACAACAAGAGCAAAUCCAUGAAAGCUGACAAAAGUGUGGAUAGUCUCAGAAGCCUGAGUACUCGGAGUAGUGGCUCCACGGAGAGCUAUUGUAGCGGGACUGACCGUGAUACUAUCAGUACUGUCAGCAGCUACAAAAGUGAGCAGACGAGCUCCACUCACAUAGAAAGUGUGUUGUCGGAGCAUGAUGAAUCGCCUAAGGAGGAGAAGAAAAGCAGCAAGAAAAAAGACUGCUCUGUUGAUUCUGACGAUUGCAGCUUUGCUACUGACAAAAGGACUAGUAGUGAACGAACCACUGUAGAAGUGAGCGCCAGCAGUUGCAUACAGGAGAGAGGGGGGUUGAAUGCGUCGGAAGAGAUGCACAAUCAGAGGGCUCUUAGUACCUCCGCUUCGGAAGAGGCAAAUAAGAACCCUCAUGCAAAUGAACUGACCACACAAGCAGAUCAGCCCCCUGGGAAGCCUACUGAGAAAAGAGAUGAGCAGAAAGAGAAACCAUCUGUGGUUGACCCAAGAACUUGUAAAGAGAUGGUUGGAAAGCAAAAGGAGGGGGAUGUACGGCCUAAAUCGUGUAGUUUAAUUCACCGGACAGCUUCAGCACACAAGUCCAGCAGGAGGAGGACAGGCAAAAAAAGAGCUAGUAGUUUUGACACAAGUCGGCACAAAGAGUAUAUUUCCUUCAGAGGUGUAUCUAGUACCAAACCUCAUAGUGCAGUUUUCUGCCACGAUGAGGACUCAAGUGAUCAAAGUGACUUGAGCAGGACCUCAAGCAUGCAGUCGGCUCACCAGUUCAGCAGUGAUAGCUCUUCCAGCACCACCUCCCAUUCAUGUCAGUCUCCUGAGGGAAAGUGCAAUGCCCUAAAGACCAAAUAUAUUGCAAAAGAGAGGGGCACAGACUUGGAAAACUCUUACAAAAUCCACUUAGCCUCUGAGGCAAAUGGUAAAAAGCAUUCAACACGACGGACUUCCAGUGCAAACAGUGCCAAGAGUCGUACCAGGGUGUUAAGCUUGGACAGUGGUACUGUAGCCUGCUUGAAUGAUCCCAAUCUAAUGCUGCCAGAUUCCAUAAAACAACUAACAACUUCUAAAUCUGACCUAGAGGCCAAAGAGGGAGAGGUGCUUGAUGAGCUAUCUCUGUUGGGAAGGGCUUCACAACUAGAAUCAGUCACUCGCUCUAGGAAUAGCUUACCAAGCCAGGCUAUGUUUGCUGAAGGAGAAGAGCAGGAACAGGGAAGUGUUGCAGCACAAGCCAGUGAGGAGGUGGUCACAGUUCGUCGUGAACGCAGCACAUUUAGGCGUCAGGCAGUACGGCGCCGUCACAAUGCAGGGAGUAACCCUACCCCUCCUACAUUGCUCAUCGGCUCACCCCUCAGCCUUCAAGAUGCUCAACAAGGGCAGCAGUCCACAACCCAAGUCAAAGUCCAGUCAUGCCCCCAUUCCCAGGCAGCAGUGCUCAGCGCUAGCGCUUCCUUGCUGGUGAGAAGUGAGAGUGUCCACUUAGAAGCAUCACAUGACAAUGCAUCUGAUGUAGGGGGUAGCAGCUUACACGAUGAACUUGGUAAGUUCAGUUCUACACUCUACGAGACAGGGGGCUGCGACAUGUCACUUGUGAAUUUUGAGCCAGCUGCAAGAAGAACCUCCAAUAUCUGUGACACGGACUCUCAUGUAUCAAGUUCUACCUCAGUUCGUUUUUAUCCACAUGAUUUACUUUCCCUCCCCCAGAUCAGGCUGAACGAGCUGUUGACCAUACAUACAGAUGAUCUGGAACAUCAAGACAUUGACCUAAGCCCUGAUCUGCAGGACCAUCUGCAACCUCAAGAGGAAGCAGCCCAAAAAGUCAAACACUAUUACCGCUUUUGGAUCUUACCCAAGAUCUGGAUUGGCAUCAAUUUUGAUAGGCUAACUCUCUUGGCUUUAUUUGACAGGAAUCGUGAGAUUCUGGAAAAUGUGUUAGCUGUCAUUCUAGCAAUCCAAGUGGCUUUUCUGGGUUCUGUACUACUUAUAGAAGGGUUUUUCAAGGAUAUCUGGGUCUUCCAAUUUUGCCUGGUAAUUGCCAGCUGCCAGUAUUCCUUACUGAAGAGUGUCCAACCAGAUUCUUCUUCACCUCGACAUGGUCACAACCGAAUCAUAGCCUAUAGCAGGCCUGUUUAUUUCUGUAUAUGCUGUGGUCUCAUUUGGCUGUUGGACUAUGGUAGCAAGAGCACCUUGACAGCUAGACUCCAAUUAUAUGGAAUGGCUUUCACUAAUCCAGUCUUGCUGCUUUCAGCAAGGGAUUUAAUUAUAGUGUUUACACUAUGUUUCCCAAUAGUGUUCUUCAUUGGUCUUCUGCCUCAGGUGAACACAUUUGUGAUGUACCUCUGUGAACAGCUAGAUAUUCAUGUCUUUGGUGGCAAUGCCACUACAAGCCUGCUUGCAGCACUUUACAGUUUUAUCUGUAGUAUUGUGGCAGUAGCAUUAUUGUAUGGAUUGUGUUAUGGCGCCCUAAAGGAUUCUUGGGAUGGUCAACAUAUUCCAGUACUCUUUUCAGUAUUCUGUGGUAUGCUAGUCGCAAUAUCCUAUCAUCUCAGCAGACAAAGUAGUGAUCCUUCUGUGCUUUUCUCUUUAGUGCAAUCAAAAAUUUUUCCUACUCCAGAAGACAAAAAUCCAGAGGAUCCACUGUCUGAAGUUAAAGACCCAUUACCUGAAAAACUUAGAAAUUCAGUGAGUGAACGCCUGCAGUCUGAUCUUGUUGUGUGCAUAGUUAUUGGUGUGCUUUAUUUUGCAAUUCAUGUUAGUACGGUAUUCACAGUAUUGCAGCCUGUCUUGAGCUACAUUCUGUACGCAUUGGUGGGCUCAGUAGGUUUCAUAACCCAUUAUGUGCUGCCUCAACUCCGGAAACAGCUCCCUUGGCACUGUUUUUCUCAUCCACUGUUGAAAACAAAGGAAUACUAUCAGUUUGAAGUCCGCAAUGCUGCACAUGUGAUGUGGUUUGAGAAACUUUAUAUAUGGCUUCUUUUUGUGGAGAAGAAUAUUAUAUAUCCUUUAAUAGUCCUCAAUGAGCUCAGCAGCAGCGCAAAAGCUAUUGCUAGUCCAAAGAGACUGGAUACAGAAUUUGGUGCUUUAAUGAUUACGAUAGCUGGUAUGAAGCUCUUGCGGUCUUCUUUCAGCAACCCAACCUACCAGUAUGUUACUGUCAUUUUCACAGUGCUGUUCUUUACGUUUGACUACAAACGUUUCUCGGAGACAAUGCUGCUAGACUUGUUCUUUAUGUCCAUACUCUUUAGCAAGCUUUGGGAACUCUUUUACAAACUGAGAUUUGUGUACACUUACAUUGCUCCUUGGCAAAUCACUUGGGGAUCUGCUUUUCAUGCUUUUGCCCAGCCCUUUGCUGUGCCUCAUUCUGCAAUGUUGUUUGUCCAAGCGGCUGUGUCUGCUUUUUUUUCUACUCCACUAAAUCCUUUUUUGGGAAGUGCAAUAUUCAUCACUUCUUAUGUCCGACCUGUCAAGUUCUGGGAGAGAGACUACAAUACAAAACGAGUGGACCAUUCAAACACAAGGCUGGCUUCCCAGCUUGAUAGAAAUCCAGGUUCAGAUGAUAACAACUUGAAUUCAAUCUUCUAUGAACACUUAACUCGCUCCCUUCAACAUAGCCUGUGUGGAGACCUGCUCCUAGGACGAUGGGGGAACUACAGUACCGGAGAUUGCUUUAUCCUUGCUUCUGACUACCUCAAUGCACUAGUACACCUUAUAGAGAUAGGCAACGGACUGGUCACCUUCCAACUGAGGGGGCUUGAAUUUAGAGGAACUUAUUGCCAGCAACGAGAAGUAGAAGCCAUCACUGAAGGUGUAGAGGAAGAUGAAGGGUUUUGUUGCUGUGAGCCGGGUCACAUCCCUCAUAUGCUGUCUUUCAAUGCUGCCUUUGGCCAACGCUGGCUGGCCUGGGAAGUUCUGGUAACAAAGUAUGUUUUGGAGGGCUACAGCAUCACAGACAACAGUGCUGCUUCCAUGCUUCAAGUCUUUGAUCUUAGGAAGAUCCUCACAACUUACUAUGUCAAGGGCAUCAUCUAUUAUGUCAUGUCCUCCCCCAAGCUAGAGGAAUGGUUAUCAAAUGAAACAAUGCAGGAAGGGCUGCAGCAGUGUGCAGAUCAAAACUAUGUUGAUGUAGACCCUACAUUUAAUCCUAAUAUUGAUGAGGAUUAUGAUCAUCGCCUAGCAGGGAUUUCCAGGGAGAGUUUUUGUGUCAUUUAUCUCAAUUGGAUAGAAUACUGCUGCUCCCGCAGAGAAAAGCCACUGAAUGCAGAUAAAGAUUCUUCUCUAGUUACUCUUUGCUAUGGAUUGUGUGUUCUUGGUCGGAGAGCAUUGGGGACUGCUUCACAUCAUAUGUCUAGUAAUCUGGAAUCUUUCCUGUAUGGACUGCAUGCCUUGUUUAAAGGAGACUUCCGGAUCUCAUCAAUUCGGGAUGAAUGGAUCUUUGCAGACAUGGAAUUGCUCAGGAAAGUAGUGGUCCCUGGAAUACGCAUGUCAUUGAAAUUACAUCAGGAUCAUUUUACUUCUCCAGAUGAAUAUGAUGACCCUGCUGUUCUCUAUGAAGCUAUCACAUCCCAUGAACAAAAUCUAGUUAUAGCUCAUGAGGGAGAUCCAGCUUGGAGAAGUUCUGUCCUCUCCAAUUCUCCCUCCCUGCUUGCCCUUCGCCAUGUGAUGGAUGAUGGCACCAAUGAAUACAAAAUCAUCAUGCUGAAUAAGCGCUAUCUCAUUUUCAGAGUCAUUAAAGUCAAUAAGGAAUGUGUGCGUGGCCUUUGGGCUGGGCAGCAACAGGAGUUGGUCUUCUUGCGCAAUCGGAAUCCAGAAAGAGGGAGCAUCCAAAAUGCAAAGCAAGCUUUGAGGAACAUGAUAAACUCCUCUUGUGAUCAACCUAUUGGAUACCCAAUUUAUGUCUCGCCUCUGACUACUUCUUACUCAGAUAGCCACGAGCAGCUCAAAGAGAUUCUUGGAGGCGCCAUCAGUUUUGGAAACAUCAAGAACUUCAUAGUAUCAACAUGGCAUAGGUUAAGGAAAGGCUGCGGUGCUGGCUGCAACAGUGGGGGAAACAUUGAAGACUCCGAUGGAGGAGGUGCAGCUUCCUUCACAAGUAACAGUGCAACGGUCAAUGACUCUCAAAGCAGCGUGUCUCAAGGAGGAGGAAAUCUAACUGUUGGGCAGGGGCCUGGAACAGGACUGCAUCCUCCAGUCACAUCUCACCCUGCAACGCUAGGCACCAGCCACAGUGCUCAUUCAGUGCAGUCCAGCCUUGUCAGACAUUCCCCAGCUCGUGCCUCAGUUGCUAGCCAGUCGUCCUAUUGCUACAGCAGUCGUCACUCAUCCCUCCGUACGUCCGCUACUGGCUUUGUGCCUUGUCGACGCUCCUCAACCAGCCAGCUCUCCCUUCGCAACCUUCCAUCGUCCAUCCAGUCGCGUCUGUCCAUGGUGAACCAAAUGGAACCCCCUAGCCAGACCGGCAGUGUCAGCGUGCAGCAUGGCCUGCCCUCAUCCAGCAGCUCCAGCCAAAGCAUCCCAGCCUGCAAACAGCAUGCCCUUGUUGGGUUUCUAGGGACAGAUGGGGUGACUAACGUUGCCGAUACACAGCCAGGCACUAAUGCAAGCCCUGUAAACCAGACGCAAACCAAAAGGGAUGAUGUUGUUUACAGAAUCCAGAUAAUGGAUCCUAGCCAAGUAUUGGAGGGGAUCAACUUGUCCAAAAGAAAGGAACUGCAGUGGCCAGAUGAGAUGAUAAGGCUAAAAGCUGGAAGAAAUAGCUGGAAAGACUGGAGUCCUCAGGAAGGCAUGGAAGGCCAUGUGAUUCACCGCUGGGUGCCUUGCAGCAGAGAUCCAGGGAGUAGAUCUCACAUAGACAAAACCAUCCUGCUGGUCCAGAUUGAAGACAAAUACGUUGCUGUGAUUGAAACUGGAGUUCUAGAACUUGGGGCUGAAGUGUGAGCUGUUUUGGCAGUUAACUUUUCAUAAUCCUUUCCCAAAAAGUUUAGAAAUGAGGUGGAGCUCAAGAGGAUGCUCCUUGAAGCCUCAAACAUUAAUCAAGUAUAAUAGGAAAGGACUUGAAAACCAAGUAGGGACGUGUCAGCCUCUGGCCCAUAAUAACUAAGAAGGCCUCUUUUUUUGGCUAUUUGUCAAGUUAGCUACUGAGGAAAACAUUUUGCAUGAGAGGUAAACUUUUGUUUUUUACUUUAUAUUAUGCAUUGCAGUGCUUUAAAACACACACACACUUUCCAGUUUUAAAAUAGGAACAUGUUUUCCUAAUUGUUCUGCCAAAAAAGGCCAUGUUUUGUCAGAGUAAUGUGGGAUUCCAUACGUCUUUUUUUAUUUAAGCAACUGAGUAGCAUACAAAUUUUGAGUUCAGUGUAUACAUGAUGAGAGUUACCAGACUUAAAAGAUUUUUAUUCCUCAUGAGCAGAAAUCUUCAGCGAGAAAACUGCACUAAUAUUUUUUUUAUGGCAAUGCACUAAAGGUAAAAAAAAACCUGAGAUUGCUCAGAACAUUUAUUUAUAUAAAUAUAUAAAUAUAUAAAUAUAUAAAUAUAUAAAAAAGAAUAAAAUACCAUUAUUUAAUUGCCUUUGGGAUUAAACCCCCUCCCACUCCAUAUUCAUAUUGAUGGUAGGAACUGUGCCAUUGAUUCAUUUCUGGCUUAAUAAACUAGAUUGCAUACCAGUAAAUUCAUACUGUUCACACUCUAUGGUGGAGUACCAGUAAUUAUUGGAUAAAAUACCAGAUGAUUCCACUCCUGCUGAUACCAUCUGCUGGUGCAAAUAUGCAGCAAUUUCACAUUUUUACAGUGGCUCCAAACAUACAAUUGUGCAUUUGGUUCCUCUAACUUGGGUUUCUUCCCCACUCAAAAUCGGCUAUUAGCAUCCAUUGUAGAACAUUUCUUUUGCUGAGGGAAGGCCCAAUGUUUAUGGGAUAGUGGCACACUCUGUUCUGGGACUUCUUCCUCCAUUCAGUUAGGUGGAUCAACCUGACAUUUGUAUUAAAAAAAGAAAUAUCAGAGGCACAGCACAGCUGUCAUAUCACUUGUACCAUUUCACCUUUUAGCUCCCUUUUAGACCUUAUUCUUUUCUGUGACUUGAAUUUCAUUUUCAGUGAUUAUAUAUUCUGUAAUUAACUGUACUUUGAGUAUAACUGUGAAAUUGAAUUAUGUUACAUAUCUUAGGUUUUACUGUGUUGGUUUGUUUUUUUUAAAGUGUGUGUUGUCAGGGAAACAAGUUGCUCACACAGAAUUGGAGCAAGAAGAGGAAGCUGCAAUUUCUUAACUUGCUGCUUCUAUGACUUGCUCCACAACAUUCAUGAAAAAUUGUACAUGUAAUGUUUUUUUUCCUGGUGUGUGAUCUGGAACUCUGCAGAGACACAGUUCACAUUUGUAACUUUUGGAAGCAGCCAUCUUCUUUUCUCCUCACCCUUCUUGGUGGUACUUAAGUUUAAAUGAUGCAUGGGUGAUCUUGCAAGGGAGGAGUUGCAGUGAUUUCUCUGCACUGCCCUGCAAUCAAAGUCAUUGCAUACUAAUGAAAGAGUUGGUGUUCUCAUGACCUGAGAAGAUAUGAAGUUCUAAUGGAAACUGUCAGAUGCCAUGGAAAAUAUAGCCUUUGUGUUCUUCAAAGUGUCCCUAAAUUGAAAACAUUCCCAGUGUAUUGAAUAUAUGGUCUUGGUUAGGGUCACAUACCAUGCAAAGUUUUUCACUUCCAAGUGCUGUAGAUUUAACUGCUAUAGAUAAAACAUAUUCUUGUGCACAGGGAAUCACAUACUUAAGUUUGCAGAGGGAAAGGGGAAGGGUAUGUAUACAUACAUAAAUACAUACAUACACAUGCAAACAUAUAAAAAAACUAUUGAAAGUGUUUUGUUCUAGCCUUGGAUACUGGCUGUGUACAUAAAUUAUCUCAGAACUGCAGUGUCUGCAGUUUAGCACUUGGUUAUAUUGGCACUGCCAUCAUUUUACAGGCAUGAAUGAAACCAACUUUGAUAUUUUAACAGGUCAUUCUGGACUCCCUUCUCAGUUGACAAUUUUAGAUUUUUUUAAAUCAUUCCUAUCUUGUGUUUUCCAAGAAUAGUAAGGGAAGGUUGUCCAUCUGUUUCUGAAGAUAAUCUUUGAGCUCACAUACAUUUGCUUCCAUCACUUUUAUGGGGAGAGGGGGAAAGUGCCAGCUUGAGUAAGGCAAUGACUUGAGUAUAGUAUGGGUGUAUGCCUGCACUGAUUUUCUUUGAGAACAGAAUUUUACUUUCCCCUCCUUACCAUCAAGCUGACAACAAACACUGGCAAAAAUUGGUGGCUUGUAACAGACACUACCUACCCUUGACUUAAGACUAGAAAAUAGAAUUUAGAGACAGAAAAUAAUCUUAAGACUUUUGAUGCAUUCAUACAUGGAUCAAUUUAUAAUUUUAUGAGUACAAUUUCUUGAACACUGAUAGAAGUCAUAUGGUGAACUUGGUUUUCAGUUACAACAAUACUGAAUAUAUAACUCUAAUACAUGCAAGGCAUGCAGCUCCAAUUUCACCCUCAGGUUUCUUCACUUGUCAGUAUCCCAUUCAUUUGGGAAUAGGGCUCUUGAAUUAUUGGUUCCUAAUGUAUUGACCAUCUAUUUAGUACAUAAGGAAUUUCUGCCCAGAUUUCUUGUCUACAUUUCUCUUUGCUCAGUGUAUGGGGUGAAUGCUGGAAACCAAAAAGAUUAAAUUGCAAAACAGCUUUCAUUAUGUGGAGAUGCAGUCUAUGGAAUUCGACAUCUUGGCAGGUUUCUUAUGAAUUUCUCCAGCAAGAUUCACAACCAUUGUUUUGAAUGCUGAAAACUUUCAAAAACUCUUUCCAUUGACUCUAGAAAACUUGUACUCUGCAAUAUUGUGUGUAGUUGAUAUUCCACUAGAUUAAUUACUCUCUGCUCAGACUAGCCUCUGGGGAUGUAGAACCAGGAACACAGUGAAAAUGAGUUUUUCUACAGCUGAUAUUUUUUAAAUCUAUACUUAAUAAGCUGAAUACCCAACUGGGGCAAAUCUUUAAACAAUGAAGCAUUCUUAACUUCUCUGUUAAGAAUGUCUGGGGGCAACUUAAGCUGAAUUUUUCCUUACCUCAUUUUUAAAUGCUUUUAUUUUCUUAAAGAAUACAAUCCUACUCAUACUAAAUAUCUGAGUAGUAAAUUAUAAGCUUUCUUGUAAAACAAGAAAUGCAGAACAAAAAACUUGGUGGGAGAAAAGCAGUGCUUUUAAAGAACGUUAUCCCUCACAGGAUAUCUGGCAUGUUGGCAACUCUCUCUCGGCUUUACCUCGAAUGGCCACCUUGCUGUUGGGGAGCUGAUGAUGGCAAAACAGCUGAAUAGAUGAAACCUUUGAAAACCUUGCUUUGGGACAAAAUUCCACCAUAGCAGCCAAUGGAAAUACUUUCUUAUCAGAUCAGAUAACUUAGUUGUGUCAUUCUGCCAAGUGGAGUAAAAUAUAUAGAAGAGCCUUUCGAAUAAUAUAGACUAGAAAUACUUCAUAUUAGGUUCAGCCACCACGGUAUUAUAUACCUAAUUUUAUUAAGGGAUUUUUCUUUUACCUAUUAUAUAGGUAUCUACUUGUCUGGCCUUACUUGGUGUUUGAUAACCUGAUGCCCUUUUGCUCUGUGAUGCUAGACAGUAUAUGAAGUUAUAGCAGUAUUUAAUAUGUGCCUUAGUAAAAUAUUGGUGGGUACAUAACACCUUGGUGGGAGCUAUUGCCCUUGACUAGUUUUCACCCAGAUUUUUUGUUUGAAAGCUAAGGUGGCUGCUCCAAAAGGCUUUGGGGUGUAUUGCACAAUUCACAAGCAAACACUUUAAAAACAAAACCAAACACGAAGUAUGCCAUUUAAAUGUUUCUACUGUGUAUACACACAACCCAGCAAAAGUUACUCGGCUUAUGACUUCAACAGAUGGAAAUCACAUAGUUUGAAAAUUAAACCUGUUAGUGUCCUCAUUAAAUUAAGCCUGACAACGAACUGCUGAUAGUUAAUUAGAAGGAAGAGGGGGGAAAUAUAGCACGUAGGGAAGUGUGAAUUGAGUUUGAAAUGGGAUAUGGAAAAUAUACUUUGCAUCUACCAGCAUAUGAAGAUCUUGCCAGGGAUUAGGGGUAUGUGUACUUGGCGUGUGUCAGUGAGUGUGUGUCUGCGUGUGUGUGUUGUUGGAAACAGCCUGUAAAUAUUGUACUGUUUAAAAAUGGGGAAAGCUGAGGGGGUUUGUUUGCAACAUGUUACAUUGAAAAGGACAGUAUUUACAGUGGAAAAACACUAAAAAAAAUUAAAAAAAAUCUUUUUCC